UCUUCGCUUGAAACGAAAGCGAAUUCUCUCAAAAAAAACCUACACAGAGAUUAAGAGUCCAAAGAGCAAUAGCAAAGAGCAAACAUGGCGGCAACCGUGAGCGCGUGGGCAAAACCAGGCGCGUGGGCACUUGAUUCGGAGGAGAACGAGUUGGAACUUCAAAAGGAAGAGUCGGUGAAGGUUGAAAAUCACUCCAAUGGCGGCGGUGCCGGUGGCCUUGCCGAUUUUCCAUCUUUGGCUGCUGCCGCCACCACCAAAACAAAGAAGAAGAAGCCACAAACCCUAUCCCUUCAGGAGUUCAGCACUUAUAGCGCUGCUAAGCAGUCACAAACUGCCGCCGCUGCGUCAACCAAAGGCCUGACACCGGAGGAAGUCUUGAUGCUCCCCACCGGUCCUCGCGAGCGCACUGCGGAGGAACUUGACCAGUCUCGACUUGGUGGUGGUUUCAGAUCGUACGGUUACGACAGGCAAGGGGGGAGGGGUUCGUCGGACGAUUCUCGUAGGCAGGGAGGGUUCCGAAGAGAUACCGAUAGGGAAAUUGCUCCCUCUCGUGCCGACGAGACUGAUGAUUGGGGUGCAGCUAAGAAAACAUCGGCUGGUAAUGGUUUUGAAAGAAGAGGGGAGAGAGGUGAAAGGGGAGGUUUUUUCUCCGAUUCCCAGUCUAAAGCUGAUGAAUCUGAUAAUUGGGGUGCGAAUAAAGCUUUUGUACCCUCUUCUGGUCGAAGAUUUGAUAGGAGAGUGAGUUUUGGGUCAAACGGUAGUGAUUCUGAUUCGGAUCGGUGGACCAAAAGAAAGGAAGAGGAAGGAGGACGGAGAUUUGCCUCUGGUGGUGGUGCAUUCGACAGUUUAAGAGAAAGAAGAGGCGGUUACGAUUCAAACGGUGGCGUGGAUUCAGAAAAUUGGGGAAAGAAGAGAGAAGAGAACGGAGUUUCUGCUGGUGGUGGUAGGCCAAAGUUGAAUUUGCAACCAAGGACAUUGCCAUUGAGUGAAGGACAGCAGAACGGUAAUGAGCCCGUGCCUGCUCCUGUCCCUGCCCCUGUGGCGAAGCCAAAAGGGACUAAUCCAUUUGGGGCAGCUAGGCCAAGAGAGGAGGUAUUGAAGGAGAAGGGACGGGAUUGGAAGGAGAUUGACCAAAAGCUUGAGUCUUUGAAGGUAAAGGAGGCUUCUGAGUCCAGUGAUGGUGCUCCAAUCCCCAAGAAAGCUUGGGGGAGUCCUAACGGGAAGCUGAUUUUUCGCGAGGACAAGACCGAGAAGAGUUGGAGGAAGCCUGAGCUGAAUGAAGUUCCUCCUUCCAGUGCUGAGGAAACUGUAAAUGAAACUGCUGCUGAGUCUGGUGGUGAGCCACAAAUAUGAUGCCAAAGGAAGUUAAAAGUUUAUGAGAGCUAUGUUUCCUUCAGAGUUUGAAAUAGAUUCAUGUGAUGCGAAGCAUUGAAGCAAUUUUGAUAGAACGUGUUAUUUCUUAGUGUUUUGUUUUCUGUGUACCUACAACAUUAUCAUUUUGCUAUUUAUGUUUGUUCCUUUUUUUAUGUGGACUCAGUUUAAAAUUGUUUCUUCUUAUUCUUAUGUGGAACAAAAAGGGCAUAAAGACUGUUAAAGAUGAUAGAUUUUGAUUUUUGAUAAUUUAUUUUUGGACUUC